CUCCGUGGCAGAUCUUUUCUUUAUUUAUUGAGUGCGUCUUCAGAUCGCCAGUCCUUUAACUCUGACUCAGAGCACCUCGUGGCAGAUAAGCCGCUUCAUUAUUAACAACGAGCAAACAGCUUUCUGUAACGAGGAAACAUCUCCAACCGUUACUCGGCGAGCAGAAAGCGACCCUGUUGCUUCAACUUUACCAACAAAAGGAAGAAGAAAAGCAGCGGGGAAGGAAAGGUUUGAGCGCCUGUGUCUCAGUCUAUUGCAGCAAAACUUUCGAAGAGUUGUGUCGGAAGGCUGACUCAACCUAACGGAACACUAACGUCUCCAUCCAUCCAUCCAUCCAUCAAGAGUGUCGCUGUGUGUGCGAGCACCUGCAAACAUGACCCGAAGAUCCUGCGCGAUUUAUGCGGUCGGGAUCAUCUGCGCCACCCUGCUGGUCGUUGGGAUUGGCUUAGUUGUGGGUCAAGUUUUCCACACGUUGAUGCAUAACCGCCUCAAAAAGGAGAUCGUCUUGGUAGAGGGCAGCCGUGUGUUUGAUUCAUGGAAAAAACCUCCCCCUCCUGUCUACAUGGAGUUCUUUUUCUUCAAUGUGACCAAUGAGGCUGAGUUCCUUGAAGGAGCCAAGCCAGAGGUCAAGCAGAUCGGACCCUACACGUACAGGGAGUACAGGUAUAAGGACAAUGUGAGCAUGGUGGAUGAUGGAGAAAAGGUGUCUGCAUACAACACAAAAAGCUUCGUGUUCCUGAGAGAGAAGUCUGUGGGAGACCCAGCUGUGGAUCGCAUCACCACUGUCAACAUCCCUGCUUGGGCUGUGAUGAACAAGGUGAAAGGUAGCUUCUGGAAAUCGUCCAUGGUGUCCAUCUGGAUGAACUCUAUUGGGAGCGGCCUCUUCACUACUCGCACAGUAGAUGAAUUGCUGUGGGGCUAUGAAGAUGCUCUGCUAGCACGUAUCGCUCCCACCAAUCCUGAUGUGGAGAAGGUCUUCGGCCUCAUGUACAAGAAAAACGGGUCUAAUGAUGGAGAAUUCAUCUACCACACUGGGCAGCAGAACUACAUGGAUUAUGGCCGCGUCGAAACGUGGAAAGGCCAAAGCCAGCUGACCUUCUGGUCGACUAACCAAAGCAACAGCAUCAAUGGAUCAGAUGGAAGUGCUUUCCAUCCCCUGUUGGACAAGAAUGAGCGCAUUUACAUCUUCACUCCAGACCUCUGCAGGUCUAUCCACAUGGAGUUUGAGAAAGACGUGGAGGUGAAAGGAAUCCCAGCUUACCGAUUCACACCACCGCGCGCUGUUCUGGCCAGCAAAUGGGAGAACCCAGCCAACGAGGGAUUCUGCAUCACCCCAGAGGAGUGCCUGGGAACUGGCCUUCUUAAAGUCAGCCCCUGUCGGAAAGGUGCCCCAGUGGUCGCCUCCUUUCCUCAUUUCUACCUGGGAGAGUCUAAAUAUGUGGAUGCCAUUGAAGGAAUGUCCCCUCAAAGAGAGCACCACCAAACGUUCCUGGACCUUAACCCGAUUACUGGAGUGAUUGUUCGUGCUAACAAGAGAGCACAGAUAAACAUCCUGAUGAACAGAAUCUCUGGAUUCCCGAAAACGAGACUCUUGAACGACACAAUCUUUCCUGUCAUGUUCCUCAAUGAGAGCGUGGUGAUUGAUGAUGCGUCUGCAGCGAGAGUUCACAAGCUGCUGCUGAUUGUCAAGGUAGUGCCCAACUUCCCGCUCUUCAUUGUGGGACUGGGCGGCAUCAUGCUCGCAGUCUUGAUCAUCCUUCUGGUCCGGGCCCGCAAACAGGAGAAUGAAGUUAAGCGCACUGUGUUUACCAAGCCUCUCUAUGCUACCUCGACCGAAGACGACACUUCUUACUCUCCAGUGAGUGACAAGGAGAAAGAAGAUCCUCAAAAUGGAACCUAUAUUGAUUUGACACCUAAAGGCGACCCACAAGUUUGAGGAGGAAGGGAAUGGUCAGAAGGGGGUUUAGUGCGUGGACAACCCUCAGAAUAAAAAAUAGGGAUUUGGGUUUUCAGGAGAGAGAGAAAAUUGUCAAUAUCUCCUUUAUGAUUGUAAAACUUUGGGGUGGGAAGGGCAAUGGACAGGAACAUGUCUUUAGUCUCAAGCAUACCGUACUGUAUGUACUUAAUUUUAGCCGUGAAAAACUACCAAAAGUCCAUUUCUAGCACGCUGUAUUCCCAGAAACAGUUUGACAUUCAUUCAGAAAAAACUGUGUGUCAAGCUCAACAUUUUGCUGUUUGGUUAAAUCAGUUGCUGAAAGCUGCGGCUCUCUAAUAAGUAGAGAUGGAGAGCUAAACAAACAAAAAACACCCUGUAAUCCUCAUCUGUGGGAUAAAUUUGAUUUCAGUGCUGUGGCCUUGCCUCAUUCUCUGUUUGUGCCUUUAGAUUUUUAGCCACUGACGACUAUAAAACAGAGGAUAGAUGGUGAUAAGGGACCAGGGUAGUGAAGUUCAUAAACUGUGAGUUUUUUUAGACGUCACUCUCAGGGGCUUUCUUAGACUCUAUUAAACAUUAUUAAAGAAAGGGGGCAGAAGCUAAACACACGCCAAGUCUCCUCCUUGUGAAGGCCUUAAAUCAAUUCAGUAUUACUACGUUUCAUUUGCAUCCUUAACUAAAUGUUACGCAACAUUUUCACAGCUCAUUAUUGUUUUUCACUGUAUUUAGAGGGACAUCUGCGAACAUCAUCAGCACCACACCUGAGCAACCUUUCAGAGUAUAUUUUUGUAUAUAUACAGUAAGAGGUGUGUUGAGCUGAUUAUAUUCCUCCUAGUGUGCGAUGGGAAUGAAUAUCAGACAAAACGCUGUAUAUUUUGGAUAUUUUCAUUUUUGUAAAAUAAGAAGUCCAUCUCGUUUUUUUGUAAAUGUUAAUGUAGAAAUGUUUGAAUGAAGAAGAUAUUGAGUUAGAGCUUCACAGUUGUGUUCUAGCGCUAUAAUGGGCAGCACCUUUAUCAGCCAUGACAAUGAUUCACAGUACUGAAUUUAUGUGUUUUUAUUGUAUUUUUGCCCUGCAUAACUGCUUACAUUAACUAACCGCCACAUUAUAAUGUAAUCCAGUUUAUUAUCAUUUCAAAAUAUGCUUCUUUGAUGCUAUUGUUGGAGGCCUGACUGACACUAUUGGUGCUGAAUACACCAAACAGACUUUUUUGUUUUUCCAAUUAUUUGUGCCAAUACAUCUCAAAACUCAUGAAGGUUCAAUAUGAAGAAACGCUGCAGUUGUGCCUUUUUUUUUUUUUUAAAGAAUCACUGUUACUGAAUUUGUAGUUUUCACAUAUUUGUGAAACCUUGUCAUAGCAACUUAUCUACUCUCAAGUGCAUAUUGUUUCCUUCCAAAUACCAAACAAAACUGGUAGAAGUUUUUAUAGUUUUUUUCUUACCGGCAGGGUCAAACUGCACUUUGAAAACACUUUGCUUGAAUGACGGAUUGUUUUAUAUGCAGAGCUUCAGCUUUUUCACUUAAGGCUGGUGGAAAUGUUAGAUUUCAGGUGCCAUUUAAUGUAUUAUACGUAGAAUGCUGCAGAAUUGCUGCAUUUGGACUGUGUUCAGCUGAGCUUUUAUUACUGCUCUUAUUCUUAGUUGUAACAUUUUAUGGAUGAAUGAGUUACUUCAUACCACCUCGUCAGUAAUCAGCAAUAAAUAUUAUCAGGCAAUAGCGGAGAAGCUGUUUCAUUUAGAAAUUUCUGCUUCCACAUUUGAUUUUUACUAUUUGUGUUUUAAUGUAUACUUUAAUCAGUUGUGUGCCAUAGAAAACUCAAUGAAAAUAGAAGAAAUUCAAAAGGAAUCCAUAUUAAUGUGUCAUCACAAAUCAAUGACAAAAAAUGGUUGAAACAAUGCUUUUAAUGCAAAAACUACAGUAUUACACCAUAUCAGAGUUGUGGUUAAAAAGUUUAAAUUAUUUUGUUGGUAAAAACCAAAACACAAAAGUAUCACACGGACUGAACGCUGUACUAUUUUGUGCCACACUUUAAUAACAGAUUAUAUUUUCUGAAAUGAUCUUUACAGCUAUAACCACUUAUUCUUCUAAUUGUCAGCUUGUUUGGAAAUGUUGACUGUUAAUACUGUUUUUACUGUGUACACAAAAAUAAAAGUAGUUUCAGUAAA